AGGUAUCCGUGCCUAGCUCCCCACCAUGGUUGGCUGAAUCUUUUCCUGACUGGCACUGAAGUGAGAACACCUUCAGGAUGGUUAAGAACUGUGCUGAAGACAUUAAAAUCAAAUGCCUAACUUGUAUGUGCAACAAUAUGGUUUCCUGACAGCAAGAGAAAAGUAUAUUCUAUAGCUACAAAGUCUUUAUGAAAGAAAGAUGAGAAGGAAUCCAUUGCUGGGCAGCACAGCUGGAGUAGUCAGUGAAGAUCAAAAUGGGCUGAAUAGUAUAUGGAAUUUGAGAAAUUGGAGGAUAAGGAGCUCAAGAAGAUGAAAUGCUAUACUGGAUCACACCACAUGUCUGUCGAGUCCAGUAUCCCAUAUUUGACAGUGACAGUAAGAUGCUGAGGGAAGGAGGUGUAUGAAUAUAGGGCCUAUCAAGAUUGAUCCGUCUCUUCAUGUCUUCCUUUACAGCUUCCAGCAUUCAGGAGCCUAGGAAAUCCUAAUGUGGAGGAUAUAUCCGAGCUAUCAUGUUUAAUAUCCACUGAUGGGCCUAUCCUGCAUAAACUUAUCUGGCCGUUAUAAACAUGGUUGAACUACCAGCCCCUACAACAUCUUGCAGCAAUGAGAUUCAUAAAUUAAUUAUACAAUGCCUAUAAAAGAACUUCUGUUCAUCUUAUUAUACCUGUUACCUAAUAAUUUAGUUGUAUAUUCUGUAAUUCUAAUAUUGUAAAAAAUGUGAAGUGAGAUCAGUCUUGCCUUCUGAUUUAGCCCCUUUAUGUGUAGCAUGAUUUACUAAGCCCUUGACCAAUGUUUUUAUUCUACUUCAUAUUAUAUAAAUAAAUUACUACCUAGAGAUUCUGGAGUCUUUCAAAUUUAGAUCAAUAUCCUUCAAAACUAAAAGAAAGGUAAUGAAAACAAUCUAUAAUAUUCUCCACACGGUUGACAAAGGCACUUCAGCUUGUGCAAGAUACUAACGGCAAUUUUUAUUUUAAUGCUGGCCUUCUAAAAAGAGAGAGAGCAACUUCUACUUUGAAAUUAGAUUAACAAAUAUAUAAGGAAUGUGUGUGGAAGUUGGGUCUGUACAUUUGGAAACAGAUCAAUUCUGGUCUGACAUAACUGCAAGAGAAUAAAGACUAAUUACUUAGCAUUCUGAAAUAACUUUACAAAAAUGUUUUUCUUACCUCAUCUCAGGUUUAGUAAUAUGGAUUUGAGGGCUAAGCUCUCUUCUUGUGAAGCAGGAGUGAUUUUCUUUUUAAUAUUCAUGUGGCAUUAUUUAGCUGUAGCUAAGCUCUGCCAUCAAGUCCAAGAAAAUAGGAAACUGUAAGGAGAAAAAUAAUAUUUUUUUCUUCUUCAAAGUUAAUAUUAUCCAAUGAGUAAAAUUUAAAACAUGCUCGUGAGAAAUUAAACACCCAGUUUCAGAAAAAGCAUAACAGAGAAAUAUGUGACCCAAAGAGUUAUCUAUUAUACUAUUUUACUUCUUUCUCUGAUUCUUCUUUUGCUUUCUUCAGUUUCUCAUUCAUUACCAUUCUUCCUUUACUUUUGGAAGUGAGGUAUCUCGUUCUGAUUUUGUGCAUUCUUUCAUCUCAUGACUUGCUUCACUCUUUCUUGACAUCCUCUUUGUUUCAGACUCCUUUUUUAAAUCUCUCUGAGCUCCACUUUGUUUUUUAUAGGGAGGCAGGAUUUUUUUCUGAGAUUCUUGAUGAUCCCGUUUUUGUAUCUAACUUAAUACAACCCAAGUGGGCCAACCACCAGUUCCUCUGGAACUUUUAAAAUUGUGUGUGUUUUCAUCUGACCAGAAGAGAUCACUGAAGAAUAAUAGGGAUUGUUACCAUCCUGUAGUACUAAAGAUGAUGCUCUCCUCAUACAUGCCCUGAUGAUGACCCAGGGAGAGAAGAGUCAAGUGUACUAGUAAAUUAUUAAGUGUGUUUGCUAGAUUGUUGGUGGACCAGUCAAGAUGGCCAUCACUGGGACAGUUCUUUUUAAGUAGAAAAAACCCAUAUUUUAAAAUCACUGAUCAUGGUGGUUCACUGUAAUUAAUCCAAGGUUCUUAGAUUUGUAGCGAGCCGUUUCAGGAUCCUGGUUACUACUCAGUUCUUUGUACUAAGUUUGUAGUGUUACCAGCUACUGUCAACUUGAAGAGAAAACCACAAACUGAAGUUUUUUCAUUAUGAAGAGUCAGAUGUUAGUUAAUGCAGUGAUUACAAUAAUUUUAAUGUGCUAUUACAUUUUAUUCCGUAAAAGUGGCAUUUGAAGGAUCUUAGAAAAAGGGGAUGGCCCCCCUCUCCUUUUCUAAUUUUUUAUGAUAAAUAUAGUUCUGAAAGUUUUUUUUAUCAAACUUCUGCUCAUUUAAUACUUUAGACAUGCUAUUUCUUUUUUUGUCUUGAUAGAAGACUUUUGGGAGAUGUUGGAUGUGUUUACUAUGAUCUUUAACACCUUCAUUAAAGGGCUGUAGGUCCUCAAUCUUCAAGAAAGAUUGCAUUUCCCCAAAACAUUUAACUAGUCAUCAAAAUUAAUCAUGUAUUGACAAAAAGUAUUUUAAACCAGGGGUAGGUAACCUCCUCCCCCUGCACAGGUGACAGAGCAUGGCGUGUGAAGGCAUUUUGCUUAGCACAUGUGCCUUGGGUUAGAUUGCAGGGGAGGGGCUGGGGCUUCAUUGGGCCCCUAGUGGCUCCCCUGCCAUCUGCCCCACCAUGCCAACAUUUAACAAGUCGAGGUUGCAGGUGUUUUUUGCACUUCCCAAAAAAAUUUUUGCCCCCUGUUUUAAAUUCUUUGCCCGAUAUUCCUUCCUUUUUCAUUUGCCCUCCUUCUGUAACAUCAUUAUGAUCGCUUGUUUGUUCAGACAAGACUUGAAUAUCUAAUUUAUAAAGAAAGAAGUAUAUGCGCUUUUUGUGGCCCUUUGAAAGAAGGAAAAACAACUCUCAGGAAAAAAAAGCUUUUCAGAUCUUUGCAUAUAUUUAAAAGGAAAUUCAUACAAAUUCAUUUGCAUAUUUCUCUACUGUUUUCCCUCUAGGUCUGCUACUGCUAAUAUGGGCAUUGGUGAUAUAAAAAGCGCAUCGUCUUGUUUUCUCUGAACUUGAGAUAAUCAACCUCGUGGGCAAAGUAAAAUAAAAAGGCAGCUGGUUUUGGAAAACAGAAUGCCAAAGAAACGAAAAAAUCCUGGUGUAAGUCCCUCUAGGAAGAUUGUGAACUCUGAUAGAACUGUUAAUACUGUUGAGGGACUGGAACCAUCAUCAAGAGAUAUGACCAUGUCACAGGAAAUGUACAGUGUCAAUAAAGAAGAGCUCUUCAACAGUAUGUCAGAAAUGUUUUCUGACCUGGAACCUACUGUGGUUUAUAUGGUUCUUUCUGAAUGUGAUUUUAAAGUUGAACAUGCAAUGGAUUGGCUGCUAGAACUGUCUACAGCUGCUAACGGUGUAGCAUCUUCAGAAGUCUCAGGGUUUGAUUCAGUAGCAUCAUCUCUAGCUCUUGUUCAGCAGCAAAGGUCUCUUGCAAAUGAAGCAAUGAUAGAAAGUUCUGCAAAAAAAGAUCCUGUAAAUUUAAAAAAAGAAACAGAAAAGGUCCUAUCGCCUGAUAUUCAGUUGACUGAAGAACUGGAUUCUUUGAUACAAAAUGCUUUUGAGAAAUACACACUGGAGGACAAAUUGCAAGCUACUGAAUACAGUAGUUCUAUUGCCAUUACUGAAUCUCCUGAAUGGAAAAAAUCCACAUUAGGCUGUAAUGGCAUGCUUUUUCAAUCUGAGAAAAACAAUGCAAAGUUAGAAAACUUCUCCUUUACAUGUAGUGCAAAGUGUUACAAAUCUCCUCAGCCAGGAGUACGUCAAUCAAGCCUUCAAACGAAAGAGAGAUCAUCAGCUGACAUGGACAAUUUUACACGGGUAUUAAAAGACUGUAGGCUGCCAGAUAUACAUGCUGACAAUGGUGCAGCUCCAGAAAUCAUUGAACUAAGAAACUGGGAAAUGGGUCAUAAAAAUCCCGAUCAAAUGCAAAAUGUUGUUUCCAAUGAUGAAAGUUUGAACUGUACUUCUGGUCAGUCCUCCCAUGAACUUCUAGAAUCUGGAACAGCUGUUUUUGGAAAUUCCAGUUCAAAAUGCUAUGAACAACAGGAAAAGGAUAUAGCUGCAUGCAGUGGCCAUAGAAACAUUUUUAUCCCUGAUGCAUUUACAUCUUUUGAAGGAUCCAGUUUCAAACCAUUAAAUCUCUCAGAUUUUCAGCAGUUUGAGCAUAGUUGUAACUUUAAUUUUUCUAUAUCACCACAGCAACUUCAUCAGCCUCCUUGGAAUCCAAUAGCUUCUGAGUUAUAUCCGUUAAGUGGAAGUCACAGCUUUGUAACUCCAGUUGCUAUCAGUCCUGGACAGUGGAGACCUGCUUCUGAUUUUAGGACUUUUGGAAAAGGAGUGCCUUUUUCCUCUUCAGUUGUUUCAAAUGUCCAAGAUAGCAAUGCUUCUCUGAAGAUAUGGGGACAUCAAGAUGGAAACCAAAAAAUGAACCUCUCUCAAGUACACCAGCCAUCUGUUUGUCACACGAUGAGAAAAAAAACACAUCUUGUAGGUCAAGUACUUGUUCUUCUCAGAGGGGUUCCAGGAUCAGGAAAAUCUUUUUUGGCAAGGAAUUUGCUAGAGGAUAACCCAAGUGGAAUUAUUCUCAGUACUGAUGAUUACUUUUAUAAAAAUGAACAAUACCAGUAUGAUGCAUAUUGCUUAGGAGAAGCACAUGCGUGGAAUAAAAUACAAGCAAAAAAAGCAUUUGAAAAGGGAGUAUCUCCUAUAAUAAUAGACAACACAAAUAUACAAGCAUGGGAAAUGAAGCCUUAUAUUGCUCUGGCUCAGCAGUACAAAUACAAAGUCAUGUUCCGAGAGCCAGAUACUUGGUGGAAGUUUAAACCAAAAGAACUCGAAAGGCGUAACAUUCAUGGUGUAUCCAAAGAAAAGAUCAAGAGAAUGUUGGAACGGUAUGAACGUUGUCUUAGUGUUAAUUCAGUCUUGAAUUCUCCAGUCCCAGACAAAUUGGAGAUUACUAUCUGGAAUGAAGAACCUACUCAGGAUGAAAACUGUGGAAAGAAAGAGACUCAUAGUUAUGUGAAAGAAGAAGGACCUUUGGCUUCUCUUUUGACAUCUCUUGAGUUAGCUGAAGAUAAAUCUGUAUCUGCUACACCUUCAGUACUAGAAAAUAGUUGUGUUAUUUCAGAUAAUAUGGAUAUAUACUUGUCAGAGCAUGAUGAAAAAGUGCUGUUGAAAAAAGAUGAAAAAACAGAAGAAAUGCAUAGAAUUAUUGAAACAGAAGCAAGUGAAACUGACACAGUCAUAUCUGAGGAGACAACAAGCUUGCAUAUAUGCUCUUGUGAAGCAGUUCAAGAAUACAGUGAUAACAAGAUCCUUGAAGAUCAAAGUGAAGUAGAUCAGUAUACUGAAAUUCCAUUAGAACCAGAAUUAAUACAAAUAAAAGACAUUAUGAAACAAAAUGAUUCAUUUUUAAUUACAUCGGUGAAGCCAGAGUUAUUAAACUUUGUAGGUGAUUGGCCUGUAGAACAGACAAUGGGGCAGAGAACCAGAAGGACUAGGAGAAUAGAAAAAUCAUCUGUGAUUAGUGAUGAAGAUAAUAAAGCCACCAGCCAGCCUCCUCUGGAAUCAUGUGAGGCACAAGUGGGCCUGGCUGAUAUUCAGCCUGGUGAAAAAAAACAGGAAGAAAUUUUACCUUGUGAUACUCCUUCUGUUUGUGGUACAGAAACAAAAGCAGCAGAAUUGGAGAUGGUGGGAGAUUGGCCUGCUUCAAACUCUUUAGAGCAGAGGCAGCACAGAUCAAGGAGAACACAAAAAACAAGUCAAAGCCAGCCUGAUGACGCUGGAAAUAGUAAAUGUGAUAUACACAAAAACACUCUCAGCACAGUGAAUGUGCUUCAUGGAACAUCUUUGGGCAUUGAAAAGCUACAGGAUGCAGAGAAGUCAAAUUUUCACAAAUUGGAAACAGUAACUAGUGAAAUUGUCAGUGAGAGAAAGCCACAACAAAAUAAGAGAACUCGGAAACACCAUAAAUUAGCUGUAACGUUUACCAACCAUGAUUUGGCCCUUUCCAAGCCAGAGGAACAGUUGUCUACUCCUAAUUCACUGGAAGAAAACCUGGAAAGACAUGCAUAUAAACAACUGAGCAGCUAUACGCAAACCGAGCCACAGGAUUUUGCUCUCUUGUGGAGAAUAGAGAAGAAAAUUAUCAUUUCUGAGAGUCCUAAAGUAUUAAAUAGUAGACUAGAUGGAUUCAGACCUAAAGAUAUGGAUUCUGCUUCAGAUUCUCUGGAAAAAAUACCGUAUAGAGUUACAUAUGAUAAAAGCACAUAUGUAGAAGAAAGUGAACUUACCAGUAUUGAUGAAUCUGAAAAUCUUAAUAUUCUUUGUAAACUCUUUGGCUCCGUUUCAUUUGAAGCACUGAAAGACUUGUAUGAAAGAUGCAAUAAAGAUAUUGUCUGGGCCACUGGCCUGCUGCUGGAUUCUGAUGAAAAGUUGUAUAAGGACAAAGAUACUGAAUGCUUACAGGAAAAAGGAACAGAACCACUGGUCAUCAACCUUCACUCCAAGGCAAAUACAAACUGUGGAGAUAAUUUGAAUAAUUCUGAACAAAUCAAUGAAAUAAUUAUGACUGAUGGUGUUCUACUUUCAGAAGACAAUAAUUUAUCCAUUUUUGAUACAGAGAGUAAAACUACAGAUAUACUUGAAACAGAUGCUGAAGUACCUGAUUCAUUAAUGAGCCUUUCACUAAAUUCUUUGGUAGAACCCAGAAAUACCAGUGACAUUGCUUCUCAAACUGAUGCAGAAACUACAGGAACAGAAAUGGAGCAAUCCAUUUCAGAGGCACAGGAAGUAAACUUAAAUGAUACAAGCCUGGUUUAUGAAGUGGAAAAUAAGCUACCAGUCUUGCAGCCUGAUGUGGGUUUAUAUGCAUCUAUGCCUUUUCCUAAUGUUCUUAGCUCUUCUUCUGCUAUUUUGGAACCUCAGUUAAAUAAGGAUAGAGACAGUGAACCUUCAGAAAGAGAUCCAGAGAAUCCCAAAGUAGAUAAAACGAUUAUUAAUUUCUUGCAAAUGGAUCAAGCACCUUUGAUGAACCCUGCCAGUGACAAGCAAGAGUUUAGGACUGAUAAAGAAACUCAGGGGAACCCUAUGAUAUCUGUUGGGAAUGUUAAAGAAGAAAGUAAAAUCUCAGAUAGCAAUGAAGACAAAACCAAGAUAUCAAUUUCUUCUCAGUCUUUGAAUAUAGAUUGCCUAGAAUUAACAUUACAGGCCGAACUGGCACUUCAGCUGAAAGAAAUAUUUGGGCCAGUUGGCAUCGACUCUGGAUCAUUAACGCUUGAGGAUUGUGUGGUUCAUAUAGAUCUGAAUCUGGCAAAAGUGAUUCAUGAGAAAUGGAAAGAAUCUAUUAUGAAGCGGCGAAGGAAAGAAGAUGGAUCAUAUAAACUGCUUGUGGAAGGUCCCACGCUGAUUGAGCAGUUAGAUUUAGAUGACUCGGGCACAUUCUUAUCUCAGAGCACAGACAGUAAACUGCAGAAGAAGAAAAUGACUUGGGCCUCAUCUUCAUCUAACACCACACAGAUUAAAAAUUCAGCAGCACCAGAAGUUUUCCCUUUUAUGGAUCACUGGAAUGCACAAACACAGAAAGUAUCACUCAGAGAAAUAAUAUGUGAAGAAAUUGCUUUACAAGAGAAACAGGACCUGAUCAUGCUGGAUUUCAGUGAACAGAAACGUGCCGCUAGCAUGGCUAGAAAAGAUUGUGCUGCCAAAUUGAAGGAGAAGCAACUCUUUGAGAUGUUUCCAACCAUUAAUCAAAACUUUUUAAGGGACAUCUUCAAGGAUAACAACUAUUCUUUAGAACAGACUGAGCAAUUUUUGAACUGUGUCCUGGAGGCAGAUCCUGUAAGAACAGUUGUUGCUCAAGGGGCUGUUCAGCAAAGUGAAACCCUCCCUUCCUGCAGUACAGUGAAGAACCGAGUUAAAAAGGCAAAGAAGUUCAAGGAAGAUGAAGAUGUUAUGAGUAAGAUGGCGUUUCAAGACAUUGAGUACCCUGGAUAUGAUGAUUUUAGAGCAGAAUCUUUCUUACAUCAGCACAAGAGACAGGAGUGUCUGAAAAAGGCAGGGGAGGCAUAUUGCAUGGGUAUGAAGCCUGUGGCAGCAUUUUAUGCACAACAGGGCCGCCUUCAUGAGCAGAAGAUGAAAGAAGCAAACCAUGCUGCUGCUGUGCAAAUCUUUGAGAAGGUAAAUGCCUCCCUGCUGCCCAUGAAUGUUUUGGAUCUGCAUGGUCUCCAUGUAGAUGAAGCCAUGAAUCACUUGUCCAGAGUACUACAGGAGAAAAGUGAAGAGUACAAGCAGACUGGUGGUAAACCCUAUCUCUGUGUGAUCACGGGAAGAGGAAGCCAUAGCCAGGGAGGAGUUGCUCGUAUCAAACCAGCAGCCAUUAAAUACCUCACAAGCCACAACUUCAGUCCAAGUGGUGAAGCUCAUACAUCAUCAGUUCAGCUGUUGUCCAACAGAUGUCAUUUAGGACACUAGUUCACUGAAAUCAAACCAGGCUGCCUGAAAGUCAUGUUGAAGUAAAAAGGUGGUAUGAAGGAGAGUGUGAAAACUGAGGAUACGUAACACAGCUAGAAACUUUAAACAACUACAGAAAAUAUAAUUUAAUUUUCUUCAAAGAAUAGUAUUUUAGUAGCUGUUUUAUAACAGUUGGUUUUUACAGCAUGUUUCCAAGAAAGUUUUAAUAGUGAAAUAUAUCUUUUUUGUAAUCCCAAAGAGUAGCAUUUAUCAGAAAUGCAGACUUGGAACACAUAAAUGUACAUAAGAGAUUUUUAAAGGGAAAUCAAGGUGCCAUUUUCAAGCACCUCAUCCUUCUCAGUACAGCUGGGGCCUAAGAUUAUCUCUGACCCUGUACAUUUUAAUGGUUGUGGAUGCAGUACUUUUUAAAAUACAUGCAGUAACUUGUACAAUUUUAACUUGUUUAAAAUAGUUUACUCUGAAUUAGAAUUUUGGGUUUCAAAGAGUGUGAGGGGGAACUAUGUCGCCAAUACCCACAGAAAUAAUAACCAGUGGGAAAUAGGUGCCUCCACAUAGAGUUCAUUUGAAAAUUCUGGCUCUGGUCUUUUCAGUGGUAGAUUCUGAAGAACAUGAGCCAGUUCUUCUGUGUUUAUUCAUACAAAAUUCUGAAUGGAAGCUACAUCUGAGUGAGGACUCAGAAUGGGGCAUGAAUUAAGUAAGGAAAAUUUGCAAACUCACCUUAGUUCUUAAUGGGGUGGAAAAAGAACCCUCAUUCUCAACUGUUCCUGUGUGACUAUAUUAAUAUUUUACAGGAAAAUCACCCAUUUUGCUGAAUAGCAAUAUACACAGUGAGCAGUGUUUAGUCUUUUAUGAAUUUUCAAACUGAGUAUAUGAGUACUUUUUCAUUUUAAUGAAGUUUUAUUGAUGAUGUAUUUCCAUUCUUUGUGUUUAAAUAAAUCAAGAUACAAUAUAAUAAAUAUAUUGGCACUUCCUCUGCAGAGAAUAUGAUGUUUUUAACUGCAGGGCAUUUCAAAAUGCAAGAGGCAUUUCUUAAGGUGAUAUCUUUUAUUGGACCAACAGUGUAAUUCAGAUAAAGUUAGACAAGCUUUUGAAAGCAAAAUAUGCCUUGCAUUCAAAAGCUUGUUUAACUUUAUCCCAACUACACAAUUGGUCCAAUAAAAGAGAUCACCGUAAGAAAUCCUUGCCUCCCACACAAUUUCUGGACCAACAUGGCUACAUCAUCACUGUUAUACCACCAGGUAUUUCAAACACAUUUUCAAAAUUAAAACAAAUAUUAGAGUGGCAGUUGGUUAAUUUUAAAAUUUGGGAGUACAGAAAUCAAUCCUUUGGCAUUAUUAGUGCCAUAUCAUCCAGAAAAUGUACUUAGAAAUAACAUAAGAAAAUCCCGCUGUACUUUAAUAAAUGUUUUUCAAUAAACAGAGCAUUUUAUUUCAAGAAAAAAAAGAACACAAAGAUAUCUUGCAGUAUGCUUUACCUUUUAAAAUUUUUUAUAUGAAGUCUUGUUUUCAGAGUAGUUGAGAGAAACAGUAGAAACAAUGAUGUGAAAUAUUUUAAAUGUUUUUAAAUUACUAUUUUGGUAAAUUUAAAGCAGUGUGCCUUUGUGUACCCACAAAUACUGGAAUCCAUACAUACUACCAUAUGUAUGUCACUUGCAUAUUAAUGGGUCAUGUACAAGUUUCAUUUGUUUCCACAAAUAAAAGCAAGCAAGGAUUUAGUUUGAGUAAAGAUGUGCUCACAUAUGUAGAGGUCCUUUUGAUAAUUUGUCCUUAUGAUGACAAGUAACUAAUUUAAACUGAAAGAUUUUAUGUUUUCAGAAUAUUUUUAUAUUCAUGUAAUGUAAUGCUGCCAGGGGCAGGGGGUCGGGCACAAUGAUCCAUUGUGGUCCCUUCCAACUCUACAAUUUAUGAAUGCAUACAUACGCGCACAGUUACUAAAGAGUACUAUAAAUAUAAAAGUGAAAUUGUCAUAGUUCGGCAGAUACAGUUAUGUUUCUCUAGUAAUUCUAAGCAACGUCUGAGUGAUGAUAUAAAUACAUUUAAGACACUGUCAAGAACAUAGAUCUUUGUAAUUAAUAACUGCUUUGGUUUGUGGGCAUUUAUGCAUGCAGUUUAGUCCCUUUACUUUAUCUUUGUGCCGUUUUUAUAGGCAGUGUCUGAAAUAUAAAAACUCAGUUCUUCAGGUGCUUAUGAGCAGAAUUCCCUGUACACUUUUGUAUGUUGCUCUAUACACUAUGGUUCUGAAAAUGGUAAUGAGUAGUAAUAUAAAGCCAUAAGAAAAAUAUCCUUUAUCCUUUGGAGUUAGUGGCAAAACUUCCAUUGACUUCAGUAGUGCACAAGUGAAGUGUAAGGCUCUUGUUCAGUAAAACUUUUAAAAUAUGUGCUUAAUUUCAUGAAAUUUGAUGAGACUUUAGACGCAUGCUUAAAUGUUUUCUCAUUUGGGGCCUAAAAUGGAGUAGAAAAGCAGAACAGAGAGAGAAUUACAUAAUGAGAGAGAAAAUAAAAAUUUUGGAUUAUUUGCAAUAUUGUCCAGAAGAAACCCUGGAAUGUUAUUAUUUUGUAGCCUUUGUUUCAGACUGUCCAAUAUAUUUAGUUUACAGUGGGAGAAACUGUUUUUAAAUAAGCCUAUUUUAAAUGGUAUUUUAAAAUAUGUUAAAUUAUGGGCCUCCAACCUUUAUGAUGGCUUUUUAAAAGAAACUGAUUAUAUAAUUUUUACUAAGAAAACGCCAUGCAUUUUUGUAACUGUACUUGUAAAAACAACAAAAAAAAAACAACCACAAAAAAGACUUUCAGAAGCAUUACCACCAGCAUUCUGAAGUAAUAGAAGACUGUUAAAAUAGAGAGGAUGGAGUACAACACACUGAAAAUCAAAUAGUACGUUGACUUCCUUCAAGUCUGUUGCAUCACAGUUUGUUUUUUCUUUAAAAGGAGAAUGAAGAAUAAUUGAUUUUUGCUGUUUCACCUAGCCAGCUGUGUUGAGUACCCAACUGUGGUACCUAUGAAAGUUCACAUAUUAAAAAUACAGUAUUGCAGCUAUCGGUUGCAAAAGCUAUUUGGACCAGUACAUUGGAGGAUAUAAAUUUCUAUCUUAAAUUUGAAAUGGAACAUGGAUUUUUAUGUGUAUAAAGUUGUAAUUUUGCUGUUAACUAUUAUUCUAAUUUUUUACUGGAAUACAGUUUUGUAAUUUGCAUUUAGAAUUUCUUAUGUAAAAAUGAAUUUACAAACAAAAUCUAGUUUAAUAAAGAAAUUUUAU